GCAGAUUCAAACAGCAGCACCUAUCGACCCCAUCUGGACACUUUAAAUAGCAGCCCGACCCCCUGCUUUUCCAUAACCUAUCCUCUCCUCUCAGCAUGUCCAGGAGCCUGAAGCAAGUGGCUGUGCUGCUUGUGGCACUGCUGUGCCUGGAUCCUCACGGCCAUGUCAGCUCUGCACCCAUCUGUGCACAUGGGCCAUCAGGAUGCCACGUCCCGUCACUGGCAGAUCUCUUCGACAGGGUCAUUCAGCAUUCUGCCAGAAUGCACAGCCUAUCCAAUGAUCUGCACUCAGAGUUUGAACAAUAUUUCCUGCCCAGCAAAAACCACAUUGGAAAGAUCUAUCGCAAAUGUCACACCUCUAACAUACUUACUCCAACUGGCAAAGAGAAUGCACAGAAACUAGCACGUGAAGAGUUGACGGAGGUGAUUCUUAAAUUGCUGGUGGCCUGGAAGGACCCCCUGUUCCAGCUGCACCAAAGCAUGGCUCACCAGCAAGAUUUCAACAGCUUCAGCAGUAACAAAGCCCUGGAGAUGGGUGACAUGGCUCUUGAGCUGAGGAAAGGGGUUGAGAAAGUAGCUGAAAAGAUGAGGGUACUGGGCAUGCUCGGCAACUCUGUGACAGGUCUGUCUUCACCUGAAGUCAUGCUUCCUGUAUCUGACAGUGGAGAGGCCAUGAGUGACUACGAGCUCCUCUACUGCUUUCGCCGUGAUUCGAACAAAGUCCAAAACUUUCUGAAGAUCCUUAAGUGCAGAAUCGUACCUGAGCAUGACUGUUAGGGAAAAAUCUGGGCCUUUUACCUACACUGAUGGACAGCACAAUGGACACAUGCACUGAUGAUUUCCACUUUUCAAAGCAUGUUUGAUUCCAUGCCAUCAAUUCAUCAGACUUCAUCAGAUCCCAGUAAAUUAACUUGAAAGCAAUAUUCAAUAGGAUACCCUUUUUUGCAUCUUUUCAUGCACUAAUACUCAUGCACAAACCAAUUCAUUACUGUAAUUAUCAAAAUGAACAUACUGUAGUAUACACCAGGACUGGAGAACAUUUGGUUUCACCUCCAACAGGAAAUGACCUUCAAGUCAAUUCAUCCUUCAAAUUUUAUGUUAAAUUAUGUAAAUUAUAUUAAUGUACAAAGUGCUUUCUAUUUGUAUUCCUUAAAUAAUUUAAAUGCCUCUUAUUUAUAUUUGUAUUAUCUAUUUCAGUUGCAAAGCAAAACUUAAUUCCAUUGAAUGAACUAAAAAAUAAAUAAAAUUAUAAUAAAAAUGAAU